AAGCGCUUAUUUUUGCAACUUUAGCCGCGGCUUAUAUAGGUGAAUCCAUAGACGAUUAUCAUUGAACUCGUUGGUUCGUUUUUUUUAACUUAAACCCAAGACAUAUUCCUCAAAAUGUAAAGUGUGUUUCUAUUAUUGAUUUCACGAGGGAGCUUUUUAUUAAUAUUUCAAUUUAUUAUUUACGUGAAGAACUGAGAAAAUCAAAAAUAAAAUAUCCUUCCGUUACAUUACUUACCAAUUCUAGUCACUAGAAAAAUCCCACUGCAUUAGAUUGUAUCAUUAACGACUUUAUUAUUUACCACGAAUUUAUUAUGAAUCCAAUUAUUUCUGCUGCUUCUGUGAUUGCUGCUGGCUUUGCCGUAGGACUUGCUUCUAUUGGACCUGGGAUUGGUCAAGGUACUGCGGCGGGUCGUGCUGUCGAGGGGAUCGCUCGACAGCCUGAGGCGGAGGGAAAAAUACGAGGCACUUUAUUGCUUAGUUUAGCUUUCAUGGAAGCUUUAACAAUUUAUGGAUUGGUUGUCGCAUUAGCUCUUUUAUUUGCGAAUCCUUUUAUUUAAUAUUUUUAUUUUUGUAGAAACAGGAGAAUUUGUUUUUUUAAAUUAUAUCGAGAUCGUAUGAGCCGACCAAUGAUUGCGCCGAUCUUUUAUGUUCGUCUUUGAAAGGAAUUGGUCUGCUAAUUCGUUUUCAAUUGAUUCCCACAUUUUCAGAGUAAAAUAGGGGCUCCCUACUAAAAAAAAUAGUUUGAGGAUAAUUUAUGAAAGACGUAACCUAUUAUUUAAUUUCUUUGGCCUCCCAAUCACCUGCUGGGAGUUUUGGCUUGAACACUAAUAAUUUAGUAACAACUCUUAUAAAUAUAGCUGUCGUACUUUCUUUAUUGAUCGUUUUUGGAAAGGGGUUUUUAAGGGAUUUUUUAGAUACUCGAAAAAAUAGGAUCGUAAACACGAUUCAAAUUUCAGACGAACUCUAUAGUGGCGCUGUUGAAAAACUAGAAAAAGCCCAGGCGCGUUUAUGUAAGGUUGAAAAAGAAGCGAAGCAGUUACGAGUUACUGGAUAUUCUGAAAUAGAACAAGAAAAGUUGAAUUUGAUUAAUUCAACUUAUAAGACCUUAGAACGAUUGGAAAAAAAAAAAAAAGAAACUUGUUCGUUUGAACAACAACGGGCCAUUAAUGACGUCCGACAAUGGGUCUUACAACAAACCUUACAAAGAGUUUUAAAAACUCUGAAUGGUUCUUUGAAUCCUGAGUUGCAUUUACAUACAAUUCGUGUUAAUAUUAGUAUGUUGGGAACACUCAAAUAAAUAGUUUAUUCCUAUUUAUUUUUGAUUGUAUCUAUUGGGUUUUACAAAUAAAAAAGAAUUAAGAAAGAAUCAUGGUAACUAUUCGAGCCGACGAAAUUAGUAAUAUUAUCCGUGAGCGUAUUCAACACUAUACUAAAAAAAUAAAUAUUUUAAAUACC